UCGCUCUACUCAACAGCUGUACAAACCCAACUACCGAGUUUUUCACAAUAGAAAAAGCUGCUGUUUAUUGAAGGUCAAAACCCAGAUCUCAUGGCCGCCAUGCCUUAUUCCAUCUUUACCCUUUAAUACCUGCACUUUAUCUUCUAUCUUCUUCCUUCACUUCAAUACUGACUGUUUUGUUUUCUCUUUCUAAAGAUGAAGAACAUGCCGGUGACCUUGAGAUCUACUCUUUGAAGAUCUGCGUGAUUAUUAUUAUUAUUGUUUUUCUUUUUCUCUUUACAAAGGUGGAAUGGGAAGCAAAUGGAGGAAAGCUAAGAUGGCACUUUCAUGCCUCUACGUACCGAGCUCUACGGAUGACUCGUCGCCGACUAAUCGGAUCGGUGAAAGAUUCUCCGACGCUGCUUUGUUGUCGCCAUCUCCUUCAUCUAUAGGGAGGAGCUCGGAUGUCUCAAUGCCUAAAACGCCUAUGCCGUCAUCCGCUGGGCUUCUCCUUCCCAAACACAGCUCCAAAUCUUCCAAGAGAACUUGUGCAAUAUGCCUCACAAAUAUGAAGCCAGGACAGGGUCAUGCAAUUUUUACAGCAGAGUGUUCUCAUUCCUUCCAUUUUCAUUGCAUAACUUCUAAUGUUAAACACGGAAAUCAAAUUUGCCCUAUCUGCAGAGCAAAGUGGAGAGAAGUUCCAUUAAAGAGUCCAGCUUCAGAUCUUUCUAAUAGAAAGUCACGAGCAAAUGCUGGUGGCUUGCAUCAAGAUGCUAGCUGGACAACUGUCUUCAGGCGAAGCCCUGCCCCCAGAGCAGAUGCUAAUCGCCAUACUUCGUCCUUUUUUCAUACCCCCCCUGAGCCAGCUACUUUCGAUGACGAUGAACAUGUGGAUGACCAGUCUGAGAUUCUCGAAACAGGCUUAUCCAAGAAAACAGAUACUCAUGAUCAUACUCGUGGAGCAUUAGAGAUCAAGACAUACCCGGAAGUUUCUGCCAUUUCAAAAUCAGCUUCUCAGAAAGAUUUCAACGUCUUGAUCCAUCUGAAAGCUGUUUCAAGCAUGAUUAGGAAUUCUGGGAAAAAUGAGAAUAAUGCUCGUGCUCCUGUGGAUCUUGUGACAGUGCUUGAUGUCAGCGGAAGUAUGGCAGGUACAAAACUUGCAUUGGUAAAACGGGCGAUGGGUUUCGUUAUCCAACAUCUCGGCCCUUCAGACAGGCUCUCAGUCAUUGCCUUCUCAUCCACUGCCAGACGUGUCUUCUCCCUUCGUCGAAUGACAGACGAUGGAAAGCAGGACGCAUUGCAGGCAGUUAACAGUCUUCUCUCUAGUGGAGGCACUAACAUUGCGGAAGGUCUAAGGAAAGGAGCCAAAGUAGUUAUAGACCGAAAGUGGAAGAAUCCAGUCACUAGCAUCAUUCUACUCUCGGAUGGGCAAGACACCUACACCAUCAGCAGUCCUGGUGGCCAAGUCAAAGCAAAAGCUGAUUAUCAUUCACUCAUUCCAUCAUCAAUACAUCAUGAUGAUGGUGGUUCAGGUAUACAUAUACCGGUUCAUGCAUUUGGGUUCGGUUCUGAUCACGAUGCAGCCUUGAUGCACUCUGUUUCAGAGGCUUCUGGAGGAACCUUUUCUUUCAUUGAAGCCGAGAAUGCUAUUCAGGAUGCUUUUGCACAAUGCAUAGGGGGUUUGUUAAGUGUGGUGGUACAAGAACUGAAUCUUAAGAUUGAGUGCGUCAACUCAAUGAUAAAGCUUGGCUCAGUCAAGGCUGGAAGCUAUAAAAGCAGACUUAAUCCUGAUUCGAGAACUGGUUUCAUUAGUGUCGGCGAUCUGUAUGCCGACGAAGAGCGAGAUUUCCUGGUUGAAGUGAACAUUCCAGCUGACGGAUCUAGUGAUAACACGACGCUGUUGAGAAUGAGUUAUAGUUAUAAGGAUCCAAUUACUAAAGAAGUAGCGAACGUGGAAGAACCAAAUAAAGUAGAGAUUGAAAGGCCUGCCGCGGUUACUGGGAAAUUGAUAGUAUCAAUGGAAGUUGACCGGCAGCGGAAUAGGGUUACAGCGGCCGAGGCAAUAGCCAAAGCAAGAUCAGCUGCAGAGCAAGGCGAUCUAUCGGUUGCGGUAUCGGUGUUGGAAGAUUGCCGUAAAGAGAUAUGGGAAUCCAUUUCGGCGCAAGCCGGAGACAAAUUGUGCAUGGGUUUGUGCGCGGAAUUGAAGGAGAUGCAGGAGAGGAUGGCUAGCCGUAAAGUGUACGAGACAUCUGGCAGAGCUUACGUGUUGUCCGGACUGAGUUCUCAUUCAUGGCAGAGGGCAACUGCUCGUGGAGAUUCGACGGAUAGCACGACUCUCUUGCAAUCAUACCAGACGCCCUCGAUGGUUGACAUGGUUAGCCGUUCGCAGACUAUGUACUUGGGCACACCGUCGUCGUCGUCAUCAUCCUCGUCAUCUCGGAAUAGAUUGUUGAGGCAAUCAAUGUCAUUUCCAGCAGGAGGACCCCAGCCAAGGUAAAUAAAUUGGUGAAGGAGUUUCUGUAUGUGUAAUGACACAUUUGUUGCUGCAUAUUUUUCUUUCCUUUUGUUCUUUUUUCCCCCAAUGUGAGAUGGGUUUUAGUGUAAUGUGCUGUUGAGGGUUGGGUAUACAUGGAAUAAAAGAAAGAGUGGAAGAUGGGAAAACGAGUUUCUAUGGGGGUUGGGUGGGGGGGUGAUUAGGUUACAAAAGUGGGGAGAUAGGUUUAGUUCUCUGUUUGGGGGGUUGUGUAUAUAAGGAGAAAUCAUGGUUUUCUCUUUUGAGUGGCUUAUUGAAAAAAAGGGAGGGUGGGUGG